AUGGACUGGGAUGCGGGUCGCAUCUCUUCGGUGGGCAUGGAAACCGCCCAGACCUCCGACGCCCGACAAACGUCAAGUCCAGCAGCUCUUCAGCGUCGUCUAUUGUCGUUUCUGCGUGGGUUCCGUGUCGGUCCUUUGUUCUACUACCGUGAGCAGCUGUUGGCCAACGCCCGUCGCCACCACUGGUUUGUGACGGUGCAUUUGUCUCACGUCGUAGCUUUCGACCAGGAGCUACAAGAUCUGCUGCUCAAGAGCCCCAAAGAGCAACUGCCCCUUCUAGAAAGUGCAGCAAAGGAAAUGUUGGCGCAACUGCUCGUUUCCUCCCAAGAGUCGUCGGUUGCCGCAAUGGGUGAUUCGUCAUCAUCAGAUGCAACUUCAGCCGUAAAGAGCAACUUGCCUGACAUCCAAGCUAUUCUUAGCAGUGACCAAGCCCUAGUACCUCUUCGGCAUGUGCAUGCCCAGGAAAUCAAUCGGCUGGUGAAAGUUCCCGGUAUCGUAAUCAGCGCGACACGAGUGCGCACUAAGUGCGUUUCCGCAACACUUCGUUGUCGCAACUGUGGCCACACGAAGCGAGUUGCUGCUUCAGGAAUGGGUGGCGUGAGUAUCCCCCGCUCGUGUGACCGCAAUCGAGACGACGAGAAUGCGGCAACGCCCGGUGAAAGGUGUCCGAAUGAUUCGUAUUCAGUCUUGCCGGACAAAGGUGAUUACGUCGACCAGCAGACGCUCAAGUUGCAGGAGAAUCCCGAAGUCGUUCCGACCGGUGAAAUGCCGCGCAACUUGGCGUUGAUUGCUGAUCGCCAUUUGGUUGACAGGGCAUCGCCUGGCACGCGCGUGUCGGUUGUAGGCAUCACGUCCGUCAUCAAUGCGGGAAGCAAAAACAUCGGCGCUGUUGCAAUUCGCACGCUCUAUCUGCGUGUCGUGGGUCUUGAAAUUGACGAAGAAGGGGCUGGACGAGCCAAAGCAACGUUUUCCCCCGCGGAAGAAGAGAAAUUCCACGAAAUGGCGCGAGAUCCAUAUGUUUAUGAGAAACUCGCCGCCAGUAUUGCGCCAUCAAUUUACGGCGACUAUACCGUCAACAUGAAAAAAGCCAUCGCGUGUUUACUCGUGGGGGGGUCACGGAAACGAUUACCAGAUGGUAUGAUCUUACGGGGGGACAUCAACGUGCUCUUAUUGGGCGACCCGAGUACCGCAAAAUCACAAUUUCUGAAAUUUACCGAAAAAAUCGCUCCCGUUGGAGUCUACACAUCCGGUAAAGGCAGUAGCGCCGCCGGGUUAACAGCGUCGGUGAUCCGCGAUGCCAAAGGCGAGUUCUACCUCGAAGGAGGCGCCAUGGUCCUCGCGGAUGGCGGUGUCGUGUGCAUUGACGAGUUUGAUAAAAUGCGAGAAUCCGAUCGGGUCGCGAUCCACGAAGCGAUGGAACAGCAGACGAUUUCGAUUGCCAAAGCAGGGAUUACCACGAUCUUGAACUCGCGAGCCAGCGUCUUGGCAGCUGCCAACCCCGUGUUUGGUCGGUACGACGACAUGCGCUCCGCGUCUGAAAAUAUCGACCUCAUGAGCACGAUUUUGAGUCGUUUCGACAUGAUUUUCAUUGUGCGGGACAUCCAGGACGAUACGAGGGACCGGCAGAUGGCGGCGCACGUUGUUCGAAUGCACUCGAACGCUUUCGCGUCCGCCACUGGCGUCUCGUCGGCCAAUGAGAAGGCAACAACGACUGGCUCGAAGAAUGAGAUUGAUCCGUGGUUACUUAAGAAAUACUUCACCUACUGUCGGACGCGGUGUGCGCCCCGUCUAUCGGUCGGAGCCGCACAGACGCUGCAGGACUUUUAUGUGGGGGUACGAGACGACGUCCGACGAACACAGGGCGGGGAAACGACGAUCCCAGUGACGGUCCGUCAACUUGAAGCUCUUGUCCGGAUUUCUGAGUCGCUGGCAAAGAUGCGGUUGCUGAAUGAAGCUACGCGGGAGCACGUGCAGGAGGCGAUUCGUCUGUUUAGCGUGAGUACAAUGAACGCUGCCAAGGACGGCGGGACGCAGGGACUUUUCGGCAGCUUCCAUGAGAAAGCGCACGAGGUGGAGCAGAGUAUUUACCGGACGCUGCGGAUUGGAACGCGCGUGGAGACGAGUGCUUUGUAUAGUCGUUUGGAAGCUCAGGGGUACAAUCCUAAUGCUAUUCAGCGAGCUAUUCGAGCGAUGGUUCAGAAGGGAGCUCUGCGACAAUUGAGCCAGUACAAGUUUGUAUCGCGCGUCAAGUAG